UUAUAUCUUGUUCUUCCCUGCGCAUCUUGUUUGACCCUGCAUCUCCUCUCCUCAUCUCAUCUUCACCAUGAAUAAAGUCAUAACCGGUUCCAACGCUCUGGUAGUAGGCGGCACCAGCGGUAUAGGCUACGCAAUCGCUAGCCGCCUAGCAGCAUCACCCAAUUACCAGUUCUCAUCAAUCACCAUUGUGGGCCGCACAAAACCUCAGGUCAUGCCAGCUGACAAAGUCUCAUUUCGCGCUGUCGACGCAACAUCAAUGCACGCUUUGAAAGAGUUUGCGCAAGAGUUCCGAGAUAAUAGCCAGAACAGUCCUCUCGAUCUUCUCGUGAUGACGCAGGGAAUCAUGUCAUUCGCUGGACGGACGGAAACACCUGAGGGGAUUGACAGGAAGAUGGCGUUGCACUACUACGGCCGUCAGCUCUUGAUUAGAGAGCUCAGACCCAUUCUUAGCCAGGAUGCGAAAGUACUUCUCGUUUUAGAUGGACUCAACGCUAGCCCUGACAAGUUGAACUGGGAUGAUCUCGACCUCAAGGAAACUUUCAGUCUUGCUCACGCAGCCAACCACUGUAUCACCAUGAAUGACGCAAUGAUACAGUAUCACGCACUUCAAAACCAAGGCUCCAAACAGUUCUUCGCACACGGAUAUCCGGGAGUUGUAAACACAGCAACACCCAAGAACUCAGCUUGGUAUUUCCGAGCUGUGUCCAAGGUUGCUUCGAAAUUGGUCGGCCUCCAGCCUGAGCAGUGUGCUGAAAGACAACUUGAUGGACUGUAUAAAGCGGUGGAUGAGUUGAAGUCCAAAGGCACGUCCUGGGCUUGUAUCGAUAAUCAUGGAAAGGUGAUUGGAGGGAAGAAGGAGUGGUCUGAGGAGGAGAGAGGGAAGAUUGCUGAUCAUACCUGGGCCCUUGUCGAUCGUACAUGAGAUAUUCAGAACUAGCUCUGUUGGAUAUAACAAUUGGCCAUCAUGCUAUAGACGGAUUGUGUAGCUUUUGGAUAACCAUGUCUUCCUGUAUACAUGUUUGGUAGCAUAGCAAGACCCCAUUCAACCGUUCUGGACUUACACCGCCAUCUCACGAAGUACUUUCUCAGCCAUUUCACCGCCAGAAUCAACCGCAUAGUCCAGAG